UCACACAGACGGACGGUGUUGAGCAAUCGAAGUUGGGACAUUUUACGGGGUUUUCGGUAAUCGGAAAGUCGUCACUAAUAAUUUGUCGAUAGUUAAUAUGUACAAAAUCCUAUUUUUGUGUCCGUUGGUGGCGUAAUGAGGCGGUAUAUGCGGACUAAUUUGUACUCACAUGAGUAGUUUCGUGUAGCUUGUCUUUCGUAGUAAUUUUCGUUUCCUUGCCUCUUGGAAGUGAAGAUGAUUUUUGCCAAUACUGGAAACCCACCGAGGACAUCGUAUCGCAAACAGCCACCUGCAGCCCUAUUGUCACACCCCAUGGCUCCACCUAGCCCGAGCACCAACAACAACAGCAGCAGCAGCAGCAGUAGUACUGCAGGCUGGGAGCAGCUCAGCAAAACUAACCUCUAUAUUCGAGGUCUAUCCCCAUCGACCACAGACUAUGACCUGGUCAAACUCUGUCAGCCAUAUGGGAAAAUUGUAUCAACAAAGGCUAUCCUGGAUAAGACGACAAACAAAUGUAAAGGUUAUGGCUUUGUGGACUUUGACAGUCCCUCUGCUGCUCAGAAGGCUGUGGCUGCCCUCAAGACCUCUGGUGUCCAAGCUCAGAUGGCAAAGCAACAAGAACAAGACCCAACAAACUUGUACAUCUCCAACUUGCCUUUAUCAAUGGAUGAGCAGGAGCUGGAGAACAUGUUAAAGCAUUUUGGCCAAGUCAUAUCCACACGCAUCCUGAGGGAUUCCAGUGGAGCCAGCAGAGGAGUGGGUUUUGCCAGGAUGGAAUCCACUGAGAAAUGUGAUGCAGUCAUUUCUCACUUCAAUGGAAAAUUUAUUAAAACACCUCCAGGCGUUCCAGCACCCUCUGAACCUUUGCUGUGUAAGUUUGCUGAUGGUGGCCAGAAAAAGAGGCAAACUCAGAAUAAAUUCCUGCAGAAUGGCCGCGCCUGGCUCAGGGACGGCGAUACCAGACUGGUGGGAAUGACACUCACAUAUGAUCCCAGCACUGCUGCUAUGCAAAAUGGAUAUUUCCCACCACCUUACAGUAUUGCCAACAGGAUGAUCGCUCAAACAUCCAUGUCUCCAUAUAUCUCUCCAGUUUCAACUUACCAGGUGCAGAACCCAUCGUGGAUGCCUCAUCAGCCCUACAUCAUGCAGCACCCAGGUACAGUGAUAUCGCCCUCUAUGGAGCCUUCAAUGUCAUUGCAGCAUACCUCCAUGAUGGCCCCCCUCACACAGCAGAUGAGUCACCUCUCUCUGGGUGGCGCAGGAACGUUUAUAGCAGCUAACUCGGCCAUGCAGGGGGCGUAUAUCCCUCAGUAUGCACACAUGCAAACAGCAGCUGUUCCUGUGGAGGAAAGUAAUGCACAGUCCCAGGCGGAGUCUUCUGGCAAUCAUUCGUCGUAUGCCUAUCAGCAAACCAAAUAGUGCGGUGGUAAUGUUUGGACAACAGC